AUGGAGCUGUCUCCGGUAGCGGUUGCAAGGGCUGGAAAGGACCUGGAGUGGAGGGCGGCAGCUCCAAGGGCUGUGCUGGACUCGGCUGCGGCGGGUGAUUUGAUCGCGGCAGCGGCAGUGGCGGCUGGUAGGGUUGGUGGAUCUGGUCUACAGCAGGGGUGGCCAUUAGAGGGGGUUCCCAACACGAAGGCUGACGCGCUGGGGUUUGAUCGGAUUUGGUGCGGUGGCAUGGUGGAGCCGUUGAUUCAUUGGGGACUAAACGCGAAGGCCCAAAAGAAGCCUCAUUAUUUCUUGAUGGAGGAUAUGCCAUCUUUCGGAUUGGUCCAGAAACAUUGGGCUGAUCAAGAUCGGGCUCAGGCUGCGGUGGAAAUGCAUCCUAUGUGGAGACAAAGAAAACUAAGAGAUCUCUGUAGGGACCACAACAUCCACGUCAGCGCAUAUUCUCCAAUAGGAGCUCCGGGAAAUUUUUGGGGAUCAACGGCCGUGAUUGAGAAUCCGUUGAUCAAAUCAAUGGCUCUCAAGCACGGGGCAACUCCAGCUCAGGUUGCCCUAAGCUGGGGUUUAUCGAAGGGCGCGAGCGUGAUCGCGAAGAGUUUCAAUCUAGAGAGGUUGAAGGAGAACAAGGGGGCUCUUGAACUCAAGUUGGAAGACGAUGAAAUACUCGAAAUCGACUCGAAAUUGAAGGAGAUGAAGAUCAUGAGAGGGGAUGUUUAUGUUAAUGAUGCAACAAGCCCUUACAAAACAAUUCAAGAACUGUGGGAUGAUGAGAUUUGA